CACACACACACACUUUCUCUUUCUCUCCACUCCAAGCCCAUGAGCUAUGUGAGUGCACGGCUAUGUGUGUGCGUUUGGAUGUGCACGCGCGAUGGUGUAAAUCUGACAGCGCGCAGCGGCUCGGUUUCCUCGGGAAAAGCGUGAUUUGCUCCCUGCCCGUCCGUCUUCUCCUUGGCGCUCUCAUCCAGACGCUGCUCAAGAGAGCAGUUCACAACAAAACAAAACAAAACAAAGAACACCUUUUUUUUGGGGAAUAAGAAACGCAUUGCUGUUUUCUGACUUGGAUGAAAGGGACUCCUCUGGAAUUUCUUCAGGACUCAAACCUUCAAGCCCUGUUAUCGGGUGCUUUACCGUUCAACCGCUCCGGCGUGGAUAAUGUGACCGGCAGUUCCGCACUAGGGAAAUUCAGAGGAGUUUUGCUCAUCUUCAUUCUGGUCUGAAGCAGCAAUAGCAACUCUUAUUCUCAAUAGAAUUAACACACUCGUUGCCAGCGUGUAUUCCUGGUUCAGCCGCGCCGCAGGGGCGUGCUGGUUUUACCGGUGGGUCAGCAAGGUACACCCACGGUAUCGGGACAGCAUGUCGGCAUCUGCAUGACCCCAGCCUCAUUUUACGUUCUCUUUCCCGAGACGUCCGCCGCGACGUGAGGCCUGCGGCAGGUCUCAGCAGAGAGAAUGUGCCUUGACUUUCACACUGAACACCUCAAGCUCUUCAAGUCCUGGCAAGUCUGCUUGAGUGCUGAAAGGCUGUGACUACAUUCCCUGCAUCUGAGAAAUCAGAGCGGACUGACUCACAGGGCUCUGUGAGCCAGCGCCACCGAGGCUGCCAAAGCAUGCUGGUGCCGAGCUGUCCCACCAUGCGCCGCGCCAGGCCCGCGCUGAUGCUCGUCGCCCUGGGUUUGCUCGCCCACCUCGUUGACGCUCAAACGCCACCAAAGUUUUUACGGACGCCCAACGACCAAACGGGCGUGCAGGGUGGCGUGGCCUCCUUCAUCUGCCAGGCCACGGGCGACCCGCGGCCCAAGAUCGUGUGGAACAAAAAGGGGAAGAAAGUGAGCAACCAGCGAUUCGAGGUGAUCGAGUUUGACGACGGCUCUGGCUCGGUGUUGCGCAUCCAGCCGCUGCGUACGCCGCGUGAUGAGGCCAUAUACGAGUGUGUCGCCUCCAACAGCGUCGGAGAGACCAGCGCGACCACCCGGCUCACCGUUUUGCGUGAGGACCAGCUACCCCCUGGUUUCCCCACCAUAGACAUGGGCCCACAGCUCAAAGUGGUGGAGCGAACUCGAACCGCCACCAUGCUCUGUGCCGCCAGCGGCAACCCGGACCCGGAUAUCUCCUGGUUUAAAGACUUCCUCCCCGUCAAUACCACCAACAACAACGGCCGCAUUAAACAGCUGCGAUCAGAAUCCUUUGGUGGUACGCCAAUAAGAGGAGCCCUGCAGAUUGAGCAGAGCGAGGAGUCGGACCAGGGAAAGUAUGAGUGUGUGGCCACCAACAACGAUGGGACGCGCUACUCGGCGCCGGCCAACCUUUACGUCCGAGAGCUGCGGGAAGUGCGUCGAGUGCCGCCGCGCUUCUCCAUCCCGCCCACGGACAACGAGAUCAUGCCGGGCGGCAGCGUGAACAUCACGUGCGUGGCGGUUGGCUCGCCCAUGCCGUAUGUCAAGUGGAUGCUGGGUGCCGAGGACCUGACGCCCGAGGACGACAUGCCCAUUGGGCGCAACGUCCUGGAGCUGACCGACGUGCGCCAGUCGGCCAACUACACCUGCGUGGCCAUGUCCACGCUGGGCGUCAUCGAGGCUGUGGCGCAGAUCACCGUCAAAGCAUUGCCCCGGAAUCCCGGCAUCCCAGUGGUCACCGAGCGCACCGCCACCAGCAUCACCCUGACGUGGGAUUCCGGCAAUCCCGAACCGGUGUCAUACUACAUCGUCCAGCACAAGUCCAAGUACUCGGAAGACUUGUACAAGGAAAUCGACGGCGUGGCGACCACGCGCUACAGCGUAGGCGGCCUCAGCCCUUACUCGGACUAUGAGUUCCGCGUGGUGGCCGUCAACAACAUUGGCAGGGGACCGCCCAGCGAGAGUGUGGAGGCCAAGACGGCCGAGCAGGCGCCCAGCACGGCACCGCGCCGGGUUCGGGGGCAAAUGCUGAGCGCCACCACGGCCGUCAUCAACUGGGAAGAACCGGAGGAAGCCAACGGGCAGAUUAUGGGAUACAGAGUGUACUACACGCUGGAUUCCAGCCAGCACGUCAACCUGUGGGAAAAGCAAAUCGUCCGAGGGGCUAACUUUGUCACCGUCCAAGGCCUCAUCCCGAACAAAACGUACUACAUCAAGGUGCUGGCCUACACGUCUGUCGGCGAUGGGCCUCUCUCUCCAGAUCUGCAGAUCAUUGCAAAGACGGGAGUUCCUUCCCAACCGACGGACUUCAAGGGCGAGGCCAAGUCGGAAACCAGCAUUUUGUUGUCAUGGGUUGCGCCGGUCCAGACGGGACAGGAGAAUCAAAUCACGGGAUACGAUCUCUUGUACAAGAAGAGGGAUGAUACAGACGAGAGGCGAAUUAGCUUCGAGCCCACCUCGACGUACCUCAUGAAGGACUUGAAGCCCUUCACCACAUACGCCUUCCGUCUGGCGGCCCGUAGCAAGCACGGCGUCGGCGCGUACACCAGCGAGAUCUCCGCGGAGACCCCGCAAACACAGCCCUCCGGCCCGCCCGCAGAAGUCAGGUGCUCGAGUCCCACGUCCACGAGCAUCCUGGUAAGUUGGCGGGCGCCCCCGAUGGAAUCGCAGAACGGAAUCAUAACACGAUACAGCAUCCAGUACGUCGCCACCGACGGGGAGGACAAGACCCCGCGCCAGAUCCCGGACAUCCCCCCGGAAAACUCUCAGUACCUUUUGGAACAUUUGGAAAAAUGGACAGAAUACCAUGUGACAGUCACCGCCCAUACGGAUGUCGGAGCAGGGCCGCAAAGUACGCCACAGCUGGUCCGCACCGAGGAGGACGUUCCUAGCGGGCCACCUCGUAAAGUCGAGGUGGAAGCUGUCAACUCGUCGUCAAUUAAAGUCAUCUGGCGCUCACCGAUGCCCACCAAGCAACAUGGGCAGAUCCGGGGGUACCAGGUGCACUAUGUCAGGAUGCUUAAUGGGGAGCCCACAGGACAGCCCGUCAUCAAGGAUAUCCUGAUUGAUGAUGCCCAGUGGGAAUAUGAUGAUUCAACUGAUCAUGAAAUGGUCAUCUCGGAGCUGCAGGCCGAGACCACAUAUUCUGUUACCGUGGCGGCCUAUACCACGAAAGGCGACGGCGCACGGAGCAAGCCCAAACUUGUUAUGACCACUGGCGCAGUCCCUGAUAAACCUCGGCUAAUGGUCAGUACCACCAACAUGGGCACCGCUCUCCUCCAGUGGCAUCCCCCGGCAGUCACCCACGGGCCUCUGCAAGGUUACCGCCUGCGCUUCGGCCGCAAAGACCUGGAACCGUUGACAGUCAUCGAGUUCCCAGAGCGGGACAACCACUACACCACCAGAGAGAUCCACAAGGGCGCCUCGUACACGUUCCGGCUUUCGGCGCGCAACAAGGUGGGAUUUGGCGAAGAGACGGUCAAGGAGGUGACCACAAACGAAGACGUGCCGAACGGCUACCCCCAGUGGAUCACGGCCGACGCCGCCACCACCUCCACGAUUCAGGUCAGCUGGCAGGAGGUGCUGCUGGCCGAGCGCAAUGGCCACAUCGUCAAGUACGCGCUGCAGUACAAGGACAUCAACAGCCCACGCAGUCCCUCGGAACUCUUUAUCACCGCCCCCGAAUCCACAGUGAUCUUGGAUGGCCUUAAGGCAGAAACCACUUACGAUAUUAAAAUGUGUGCCUUCACCAGCAAGGGUUCUGGUCCCUAUAGCCCAAGUGUCCAAAUCAGGACACAGCCUUUGGAUCAAGCAGUGUUUGCAAAAAAUUUCCACGUGAGAGCUGCCAUGAAGACGUCCGUGCUGCUGACGUGGGAGAUCCCCGACACCUACAACGCCGCUCAGCCUUUCACGAUCCUGUACGACGACGGGCAAAGCGUGGAGGUGGACGGCAAAUUGACCCAGAAACUGAUUACGGGGCUUCAACCGGAGACACAGUACUCCUUCCUGUUGACUAACCGCGGCAACAGCGCCGGCGGUCUGCAGCACCGUGUGGCUACCAUGACGGCCCCCGACAUCCUCCGCACCAAGCCCUACCCGAUCGGCAAGACCAACACGGAUGGCAUGGUGACGGUGGAGCUCCCUUCGGUGCAGACGUCAGAAAAAGUGCGGGCGUAUUACAUCGUGGUAGUGCCCCUGAAGAAGCAACGCAGCGGCAAGUUCGUCAAACCCUGGGACAAUCCCGACGAGAUGAAUUUCGAGGAGCUGCUACAGGAGAUAAACCGCACGAGCAGAGGCCUCCGGCGCCGCAGACAGGCGGAGCCCAAGGCGUACAUCGCCGCCUACUUCCAAGACCUGCCCAAAGAUUUCACACUGGGCGACGGCAAGUUCUACGGCGACUUCGAAAACAAGCAACUGCAAAACGGCCAGGAGUACGUCUUCUUUGUGCUCGCGGCUCUGGAGAUAUCCGACAAUAUCAUGUACGCCACCAGCCCGUACUCUGACCCCGUGGCUUCGGCCGACAUUGACCCCCAGCCAAUCAUCGAUGAGGAGGAGGGUCUCAUCUGGGUAGUGGGCCCCGUCCUCGCCGUCGUUUUCAUCAUAUGCAUCGUCAUCGCCAUCCUGCUGUACAAGAGCAAACCCGACAGGAAAAGGGCCGAGUCGGAAGCCAGGAAAGGUAGCCUCCCCAAUAGCAAGGAGAUGCCCUUGCAUCACCCGACCGACCCCGUUGAGCUUCGCCGCCUCAACUUUCAGACGCCUGGUGCGCGCUCGUCCGGUCACCCAAGUAGCCUCCAUUUGUCAAGUAUGGCGAGCCACCCACCGAUCCCCGUUAUGGACCUGGCGGAGCAUCUGGAGCACUUAAAAGCCAACGACAACCUCAAGUUUUCCCAGGAGUACGAGUCCAUCGACCCCGGGCAGCAGUUCACCUGGGAGCACUCCAACCUGGAGGUGAACAAACCAAAGAACCGCUACGCCAACGUGAUCGCCUAUGACCACUCGCGAGUCUUGCUCUCCGCAAUUGACGGCAUCCCGGGCAGUGACUACAUCAACGCCAACUAUGUGGACGGCUACAGGAAGCAGAACGCAUACAUUGCCACGCAAGGCUCGCUGCCCGAGACCUUUGGGGAAUUCUGGCGAAUGAUCUGGGAACAGAGGAGCGCCAUCAUUGUCAUGAUGACCAAACUGGAGGAGCGAUCCAGGGUCAAGUGUGAUCAGUACUGGCCCACCAGAGCAACGGAAACAUACGGCCUCAUACAAGUGACUCUGCUUGACACGGUGGAGUUGGCCACAUACUGCGUCAGGACAUUUGCACUUUUUAAAAACGGCUCCAGCGAGAAGCGGGAGGUCCGGCAGUUCCAGUUCACGGCCUGGCCGGACCACGGGGUGCCGGAACACCCUACGCCCUUUCUGGCCUUCUUGAGACGGGUAAAGUCGUGCAACCCUCCGGAUGCCGGGCCCAUGGUGGUGCACUGCAGCGCCGGCGUGGGUCGCACGGGUUGCUUCAUUGUGAUCGAUGCCAUGCUGGAGCGAAUCAAGCACGAGAAGACCGUGGACAUCUACGGGCAUGUGACGCUGAUGCGCGCCCAGCGUAACUACAUGGUGCAGACCGAAGACCAGUACGUCUUUAUUCACGACGCGCUGCAGGAGGCCGUCAACUGCGGCACCACCGAAGUGCCCGCCCGGAACCUCUAUGCUUACAUCCAGAAAUUGACGCAGAUGGAGGCCGGAGAAAAUGUCACCGGCAUGGAACUUGAGUUCAAGCGUUUAGCCAACACGAAAGCCCAUACGUCGCGAUUCAUCAGUGCCAAUCUCCCCUGCAACAAGUUCAAGAACCGCCUUGUCAACAUCAUGCCAUACGAGUCCACGCGCGUGUGUCUCCAGCCCAUUCGAGGAGUGGAGGGAUCGGACUACAUCAAUGCAAGUUUCAUCGACGGCUACAGGCAACAGAAGGCCUACAUUGCCACACAGGGACCACUGGCAGAAACCACAGAAGACUUCUGGAGGAUGCUCUGGGAGCACAACUCUACCAUUGUCGUUAUGCUAACCAAGCUCAGAGAAAUGGGCAGGGAAAAAUGCCAUCAGUACUGGCCCGCAGAGAGGUCAGCCAGAUACCAGUACUUUGUGGUGGACCCCAUGGCCGAGUACAACAUGCCGCAGUACAUCCUUCGGGAGUUCAAAGUGACAGACGCCAGGGAUGGACAGUCACGAACGGUGCGACAGUUCCAGUUCACAGACUGGCCUGAACAAGGAGUGCCAAAAUCCGGGGAGGGCUUCAUUGAUUUCAUCGGCCAAGUACAUAAAACGAAAGAGCAGUUUGGCCAAGAUGGGCCUAUUUCGGUCCAUUGUAGCGCUGGCGUCGGUCGGACCGGCGUCUUCAUCACCCUGAGCAUUGCCUUGGAGCGAAUGAGAUACGAGGGCGUCGUCGACAUCUUUCAGACUGUGAAGAUGUUGCGGACACAGAGACCAGCCAUGGUGCAGACAGAGGAUCAAUACCAAUUCUGCUACAGGGCUGGAUUAGAGUAUCUGGGAAGUUUUGAUCACUAUGCAACGUAAAGGACUCAGCAUCAGAGGGAAAGGUGGAAAGGAAAGAAAAAAACCCAGUUGCGCCUCUCUUCUGAGCCAUAAAUUACUGCUUGAGAACGUAAAAACUCCUUGCAAACAACUCAUUAAAAGUCGGAUGUGAGACAUGAAACUCCCACAGACAAAAAAAAAAAAGGAGAAUAAAAAAAGAUUCCCCGGAGGACCAAGUAUUUCCCCAAUUCAAGCUUAAACUGGCCUUGUCACAACGUGAUGGAAUCCGGACCAUUGAAGCACACCUCGUUGGAUUUUUUGGGGGCUUCAAGGAUUUAUUUGGGAGCAAACGAACCCGGUGGAGAAUGAAACUCAAGCUGGGUGAAAGCGUUACGAAAAGGCAUCGGAGGAGCGUGGAGGGGAACUUGACGCACAUUGUAAAGAAAAAUAAAUCACAAUCACACCCGUCGGGAAAAGCCGGACAAUGACUCUAAUGGACCCUGACAUUGAAGUACUCGUCCUGUCUCAAUGUUCAUCAUUUCAAGUUUGCGAGGGGAUAUACAAAAAAAAAAAUCUAUGGAAUAAAUCAAAUGAUUAAUUUAGUUUUUUAGGACUCUAUUAUACAACUGAUGUGAUUUUUUUUUCUUUUAAAAAUGUGUAAAUGUCAUUUCUUUUUUUUUACACUCUGAAAGAAGAAUAUCGAUAUCAUACAAAUGUUCCCUUUUCUUCAAGCUGUUUGUGCAUUUACAAUUUUGUUUUGUAGCACAUGGAUUGACCUAAAGAAAAAAAAAAAAAGGCUGAGCGCCAGUCUUUGCCACGAUUGUUUUUGAUUUGCAUACACCUCCCAUCCGAUAAACUGGGGCUUUGUGGAAUCAACAGGGAUGAGCAAAGUAUGAAGUUGCUGCUAUCAAUUAUCUGAGUUCUUCCAUGUCAGGAUGAUGAGAAGGAUAAAUUACAUAAGUUCUAUAUAUCUAUAUAUACACAUCUGUACAUAUAUAAUCAGAUGUGAAAUACCAAUCAUAUUCUAAAUAUGAAUUUGAAAAGAAAAUGUUUAUUAGCCAGUGAACGCUUCCGAAUGGUGUGGGGAAAGUGACGUUUCACUGGAAUGCACAUCAAUAGGACACCAUUCUGAUUCAAUGCAUCUUUUCUCGUGCAAUAAAUGAUGUAUUAUUAAGUCGCGACACCCGGCUCCCGACAUGCGUCACGUGGAAAUGUACAUCAGCCAUCUGUCACCCGCCACUCCACGUAAUUGGGCGAAGUACCAAAAAAAAAAAAACGUCUUGUGUGUUAUUUAAAACCCUUUCUCAAGUAUUCCUUUUCCCAUUUUGCAUUUAGUGCCUUAUAUUUAUGCCUGUUUUUUUUAUACCAUUUCAGUGUAUCUUUUGAAUAUUCAGCUUAUAUGUCAAUAUAUAAAUAUAUAUGUGUGUUCAUUUACACUCAUAUUCGCAAUGUCACCUGUGAUUAUAUAUGCAAGCAACAUUUUGACGCUCAUUCUGUCAUUUUCAGUGGCCUUACCGUGGCUGGGUUUGUGCAACUAGUUCACGGACCUGGAAGGAAAAUAGGAAAGUUCAUCUUUUCAACAGUUAACAUUUUACAAGAGGAGAACGAGGAGGACAGUGUUGACGCUGUCAAUCAUUCAAAAGGAGUGUGACCUCUAAGAUGGAGGAUAACCGAGACAGAUUUUGAAAUUCCAUACAUCCACAUGCAUUCUACAUUGGCUCGCAAGGCCAAAAUAGUCAAAGCAAAUGAAAAAAAAAAAUUAAAAAAUCGUAGUGGAUAAAGACAGAUGCCACUCAAGUCCGAUGUUGACAUUUCUGUCACAUUUCAAAAGUAAACGGUGAAGUAAAUGAGUGAAGAAAAGUGGCUCCUGAACAACCCUCCUGAGCGAGCCUGACAAGACAAAAAAAAAAUAAAAAAUAAAUUGAAAUUUCAUAAACACAGACUCAUCAUAAACAUCGGUAUUUGAGCCAGUAAAAUUAUUCACGCCGUUAUUUUGUUAAUGGUGUUACAUACAUUGUCGAUGGUGCACUGGGGGGAGGCGAAGUUUUUUGGGGGGGUUAUUUUUUUGGGUGUGAUAGAUAGCUUGCAAAAUUUCUGAAUUUUCUGACCAUAUUUUUCACCGUCAAAGAGAUUGAGGCGGAAAAUGGGUUGACCAUCAUGACUCAACAAAAUUCAACCCUUUUGGAUUCAAAAUUUCGCACACACAUUGACAUGAAAAAAAAAUGACAUUGAUUGGCAUCUUUGACCACAAUGUUUUCACUAUUUGUGUUGGUUUCAUGGAUGUGCAUUCCAGAUCUUUCUUUCCCUUACAAACACAGUUACAUAAACUUUUUUUUUUUUGUUAAUUUCCAGACAAAAGUACUGUUAUGAUGUAGUGGCUAAAGCUUUUUUUUUUCUUUUUUUGUUUCUUUAUUUGUUUAUGUAAUUUGCAUGGUCAAACCUUUGCAGGAUGGCUCAUAGGUCGGCCCGGAAAGGAAGAUUUGCACUUUCUCUAUCUUUGUACUAUGCACUGCCCUAUUGAUUCUAGACCCAAUAAUAUAUUACGUACUUGAACCCAUUACGGGAAAAAAAAAGUCUCCUUCAACAUUCACUUUGUGUGUAUGUAAAUAACACAAAAAGGUAUCAACUAUUUAAAAGAAAUUUAAAAAGACCAAAAAAAAAAGUUGUGAAAAACAAAAAAAAAAGAGCAUCCAAUCAGUUGCUGCAGUUACUCCAGCAAUGAGUCCAGAAAAUUCUGCCGCCCCGCCCCCAAGAUCACAUGUUCAGCUUGGAGUGUCAUUAACAGAAAUAAACGUUGUGUUGCUCUGCUCUCUCUAUCUAUCUCUCGUUUGAAUGCGUAGACUGAAAAUGAAGUCAUCAAGUUAUUUCCAAAAAAAAAAAAGUUGUUAAAAAGUUCAUACAAUUACCUCUGAUUAGUUGUAAGCGUGUUUCUUUUUAUUUCCUGAAUGAAAGGAGUGAUUUUUAUUUUCUUACUUACGUCACACUGGUGAGGAAAGAAGUCUGUAUGAGAAAUAAAAAAAAUUCACAUUUGUUAUAAAUGAAUUCUAUUAAAAAAUGUCUGUGUGAUGCA